CAUCUUAAGCCUUGGUUUAGACUUGCUAGGAAGAUACCUGCCGAGUGCUGAUACAAGUUUCUGUGGCAAUAAAACAUCAAUCUAAAAUAUUGGAACUAAAUAUCCUGGAAAGCUCAUCUUUUUUAAUUGAUUCUGCAAUACUCUGUCUGGAUGAGAUAAUAUUAUAGAGGGUGAUACCAUCAACUCAGUGAGAUUUUUAUCUAUAUUCCCUUCGUCUAAAUAUGAAUUCUCCAUUCAAGUUUGUAUUGACGAUUUCUCUAGGAAUAUGUAUUUGGAUUGGUAUUCUUGGAGUAAGUUGGAUAAAAUCAGACUCUCCCCACACUAUUCAGCAGCCGAAGAUAAAACAUACAGGAAAGAAGCCAAAAUGCAGUCUUGAAUUUUUGAAAAAUUAUUUUUUGGAGAAUGGAGAAUUCUAUGCCAGAGGGGUAUGGAGCAAACAGUCCUGGAUUGCGAAGGAUUGCGUUGCAACACUUGUGGAUAUGCCCAACAUGUUGUUCAACAACAAUCUUAGCAACAUACUUCUCGUUGGAGAUUCAACUGCAACAAGGUAUGCACGUGCAUUUGUUAAUGCAUUUAAAACAACAUAUAAAUGCCGUUUAGAGAAAAAGGAAAAUGCAGGAUAUAAAGAACCAGAUAUGAGAUAUUUUUCUAAUAUUCCUCAGGAAGAUAUGUAUUUUCAUACACGUGAGUGCUAUGGCUGUGACUCAUUUCUUUACAAUUGCAGUAAUGAUUCGAUUGGCAAAUCCAAUGUCCGUCAUAGUGGCUCGCAUGUAACAAUAGAGUAUGUAAGUAUGGAAUACUUCAUGGAUACUGAGAUAACAACAUUGCGAUUUCCACAUGGCAAAACAAAAAACAAGUGCCGAAAAACAAAUCAAUAUGCGCCAUGCGAACAAUCCCCAACAUCACAAGAGUUCAUCUUUAAUGAAUAUCUCCAACUUAAGUCGCAUGAGGCUUACCCUCAGUUGAUAUUACUAAUCGCAAAUCAUCACGAAACACGUAUGAGGGAUGCUGCAAAUUUUAAACGUACAUUUACCUGGUUUUUGGAUGUUGUUAAUAACAGCAUAAAAAAUCAUCCUGAGACUCGAGUUAUAUGGCUUGAACCGACAUUUGUGGAAGAAUCCAAGCAAAGCAAUCCUGAUGUAAAAAAUCGACAGUUUAAAAAUGUUGAGUUGUAUAACGAGGCUAAAAAACAGUUGAUACCAUACUUCUCAGAACAAUAUCCAAGAUUUUGGCCUUUUUAUGGUGUGAUGAAAAUCAGUGAAAGGGUACCUGGUUGGAACCAGGAUGGAAUUCACUUUAAUAUGGAAUACUAUGAAUCUAUGAUCAGUCUAUUGCUUCAAGCACUGCAAGAAUAGUUUAUGUGGACUACUAUGAGAUCUCUGGAUUAUCACACCUUGAAAAAGUGUUGAUUGUCAUCGUCUUGUGCUGAUGGGUGUGCAUAUAUAUAGAACACAUACAUGACAUACUGUACUCCUGGUAUUUUUCGGGUGUGAUUUAGUUUCACGCUUUUUCGCAAUUGUGGUAAAAUCGCAAAAAUUAAUCUUUGUAAUUGUCAAUUAAAUACCCGGGAUUUGUGAAAUUCAUUCUCCAUUGCGUUUUGUGAUUUGUAAAAUGUUUGUUCAGUUUUAUUAGGCUCUAAAUGGGAUUCUAAGCAACAAUGUCUUUUACAGUGUCUUAUUAGAUCAAAUAUAUGAAAAAUAACAAUGUAACAGAGGUGUUACUGUACAUGAGGUUACUUUAUUUACAGAAGCUUGAGGAUUCAGAGAAUAAUGAAAUUUUAACUAGUGAAAUCCGCGAAAUUUAAUAGCCGCGAAAUUGUGUUUUCUCAAAAUUCCCGAAACUACCAGGAGUACAGUAAAUCUUGUCAUCAAACUAGGAAAACUACUUAUCCAUUCAACUUCAAAUUCUUACAGAUUUUUACAGAUGUAAGAGCAGACGAGGGCCGCUAUCUGAUUUGGUUUUGGGUAAAUACACGAUGGC